AUGGCGCAACCCGUGUCAAAAGCCACGUUGCUUACGAUCCCCGUAGAGCUCCGCUACGCCAUCUACGACUUGAUCUUCUACCCGACGGUAGGCCGCCAGCCUCUGCUUCACGUAUGCCGUCAAAUUCGCGAGGAAGCGUUGACGAUCCUGCUUCAUUUUGUCCGUUUCUUCGACUCCCUGCCUAAGCUAGCGUCCUGGGCAUCUCGAGGUCCGGCUCAUCUCCGCCAUUUAAUCCGCGUGGUGGACGUGAACUGCCUCGAAAGCUCUCUAACCCCGUUUCGCGACUGGCAUCGUCACUUAAUUCCCGGGACGGAAAUCGCGCCGGGGAGCUGGGAGGCGACGUACUUAUCUCGAGUCGGGAAAUUGGAGUCCUUGACGAGCGGGAAAGCGAGUGUAAUGCAGAAGCUCAAGCACGCUGUAUCUCGAGGGCCGGGGGAGCCCGUUAGACGUUUUGCGGAGACGUUGACGCUACUUCCCGGGAUCCGGAAGAUAAGCCUCACGUUAUCUGGAAAUUACGACGUCGACGACCAAGACCCCCUGAUCGUUGAGCAGGGACUGGUCUUGGAGAUGGUUGCUAGGCUGCUGCCUGACUUGCGGCAUUUGGAAUUCCAGGCGGGACCGGUGACCCUUGAAUUUCUGUCUCAUGCGGCCAACUUGAGGCGACUGGAGUUUACGGGGUAUGCGGCGACUGGACCGGACGAGACGCUGCGGAUUCUAUUGGGUUUGCCGAAAUUAGAAGCGUUGGUGCUUCGGCGACCACCGUCCUCGAAUGAUCUCGAUAACGGGAUGGAGAGUGAGGGUUUGACAAGGAAGCUUGCGGUCACGCCGGAGGUAGUGGAGAAGUUGAACCCCUUGAAAGAGGUGCACUUGAUGCAUUUUGCUGGGGAGCUCAAAUCGGAAUUUGUCACGGGUGCCAUGCUGCGUGCAAUUGCCGCCCAUGCUUCGACGCUGGAAGUACUGCAUGUUGAUCAUGAUGGGGUCAUGGCGGACGACGCGGCGACAGCACUGAAGGCUCUUCUGCCGCAAUUGGUGAGCCUAAAGAAGCUUGAUUUGGAUUUUGUGCUGUCAGAGCAGUUGGCGGGACACUACGACAUCCGGGAUGUGAUCCCAUCUAAUGUACGAAUCCUGAAUUUAAGGACGUUCUAA